ACUUUCAAUCAAAUAUCAUAUUGAUUCUUAACUUUUCAAAAAUUACUCAAAAAUUUUGAAAGCAGAAUGGGGAGUAAAAUAGCUAACCUUUUGCAAACUUGCAUAGACAAGAAAUCUAUCAUAGCAGGCAAAGUCCUCCAUGCUUACAUUCUCCGCACCAAUCUUUUAACCGACACUUUCCUAUGUAACCGUCUCAUUGAACUCUACUCCAAAUGCAACGACCAAACAUCAGCUUAUCGCACGUUCGAUCAAACCCCUCAAAAGGACAUUUAUUCCUGGAAUGCCAUUUUGAGUUGCCACUGCAAAGCUGGGAACUUAACUUUCGCACGUCAAGUGUUCGAAAAAAUGCCUGAAAGAAACGUCGUUUCGUGGAACAACCUGAUUAGUUUAAUGUUAAAAAAUGGGUACCAGGAAAAAGCUUUGGAUGUUUAUGGACUUAUGGUUUUGGAAGGUUUUUUGCCCACCCAUGUUACUUUUGCUAGUGUUUUAAGUGCCUGUGGAAGCGUUUUGGAUUUGCAGCUUGGGAAGAGAUGUCAUGGUCUUGCUAUUAAGAUUGGUCUUGAUAAGAAUAUCUUUGUCUGUAAUGGAUUGUUGUCUGUUUACGCUAAAUGUGGGGUUAUGAGGGAAGCUGCUAAAGUUUUUGGGGACAUUCAUGAGCCUAAUGAGGUUAGUUUCACUACAAUGAUGGGUGGAUUAGGAAAUAUUCAUGGGGUUUUUGAGGCUUUGGAAAUGUUUAGAAUCAUGCAUAGAAAACGGGUUCGGAUGGAUUCUGUUUCGUUGUCAGCUGUUUUGAAUGUUUGUGCCAAGGGGGGAGAGUAUGGUGAGUUUGGUUGUUAUGAAGAGAAUGAUAGAUUUUUGUAUAAUGUGGUACUUGGGGAACAAGUACAUGGUCUUUCAGUUAAGCUUGGAUUUGAGUGUGAUCUUUUUUUGAGUAAUUCGUUGCUUGAUAUGUAUGCUAAGAAUGGGAUUAUGAAGAGUGCUGAGACAGUUUUUCAUAAUUUGGGUAAAGUCAGUGUUGUUUCCUGGAAUAUCAUGAUUGCCGGAUAUGGCCAAAAAGGAAAAAGUGAGAAAGCUGUGGAGGUUUUGCAAAGAAUGCAGUAUUGUGGUUUUGAACCUGAUGAGGUUACUUAUAUUAAUAUGCUUGCAGCAUGCGUCAAGUGCGGGGAUGUUGAAGCUGCACGUCAGAUGUUUGACAGCAUGUCAUGCCCGAGUGUGAUUUCAUGGAAUGCUAUAAUCUCUGUCUAUUCCCAGACUGAGAACCACAAAGAAGCAAUUGAGCUUUUUAGGGAAAUGCAGUCUCAAACCGUAAAACCUGACCGGACUACUGUUGCUAUUAUUCUUGGUUCAUGUGCUGGAAUGGACUUUUUGGAUGGUGGAAAACAGGUUCAUGCUGCCUCAAUAAAGGCUGCUCUUCAUACUGAUAGUUAUGUCGCGAGUGGACUGAUUGGCAUGUACUCAAAGUGUGGGAAGAUAAACAUGGCAAAGUGCAUAUUUUCUUAUGCGCCAGAACUGGAUAUUGUCUGUUGGAAUUCUAUGAUUGCAGGUCUUACCCUUAAUUCUCUCGACAAAGAAGCUUUCAUGCUCUUUAAGCAAAUGCGGCAGGGUAGAAUGUUGCCUACUGAAUUCUCUUAUGCAACAGUAUUGAGCUGUUGCGCAAAAUUAUCUUCUUCAUUUCAAGGCAGGCAGGUCCAUUCUCAGAUAGUAAAAGAUGGUUAUGAGAAUGAUGUCUUUGUGGGCACUGCUCUUGUUGGUAUGUAUCGUAAAUGUGGUGACAUAGAUGGGGCACAGAAGUAUUUCGAUAUGAUGCCUGUUAGAAAUAUUGUUACAUGGAAUGAAAUGAUACAUGGAUAUGCUCAGAAUGGACGUGGAGAUGAGGCUGUUCGUCUAUACCAAGACAUGAUUGCAUCAGGUGAGAAACCUGAUGGCAUAACCUUUAUUGCGGUUUUGACUGCAUGUAGCCACUCAGGAUUGGUAGAUCUAGGAGUCAGAAUUUUCAAUUCAAUGCAGAGCAACUAUGGGCUUGAGCCAAAAUUGGAUCAUUAUACUUGCAUCAUUGACUGUCUUAGCCGAGCUGGUCGGUUUCAUGAUGCAGAGCUCCUUAUGAACAAGAUGCCAUACAAAGAUGAUCCAAUCGUAUGGGAAGUUCUGCUUAGUUCUUGUAGAGUUCAUGGUAAUAUCAGUUUAGCUCAACAGGCAGCAAAGGAACUCUUCCGCCUGGAUCCUGAGAGCUCUGUGCCUUAUGUACUUUUAGCCAACAUCUAUUCUUCUUUAGGAAGAUGGGAAGAUGUAAGGGCUGUUAGAGAGCUGAUGAGUGAUAAACAGAUUGUUAAGGAUCCUGGUUAUAGUUGGACUGAAGAUAGAGAGCAAGAUACAAGUCUAUUUGUUGGGUGAUAAAUGUACGGAUAUUUGAUGAUGCUGUUGACACAUACUACCACAUUAGUGUAUGUCAGAAAUCAGUCAUGCAUGUUUUAUGGGCUGUACUGAAGAAGUAACUAAAAUCACUCAUGAGAAGGCCAAGAGAAUGGCACUGAGGCAGAUUCGGCCAAAUAAUUUCUGUUUGAUCAAUGCACAUAAUGAUGCAGACAAGUGGGAAGUGUGUGAUCUUAUGUAAAAAGACAUUAUCAAUCUUUGUGUCAAUUUGUUUUCUUUCAUUGUUUCCUCUAGUUAUCUAUGUUAACAAAAUGUCCUGAUUAUCUUUUGCAGCCUGUACGAUGAUGGGGUAACAAAAAUCUAUCGGAGGUCAAGAAAAUGAUAUAGUUGCCCGCAUGAGAUGCAAGUAUUUGCCUCUGUUUUUUAUAUUAUGAUGCAUGAAUAACCAUUAUUUAUGACAAUCUUUCCAAUAAGUUUUCUACUUUAUAGGAAAAUCAUGGACGAAGAUUCUCAAAUGGAGGGUCAAUAUAUAGAUACGUUAGAAGGUUACAGUAUGGCACCAAAAUAAGUGUACUGUAGGUUAUUUAAAAAGAAAAAUUUUGUUCAAUCAGAUCAACUAUGGCUUUCAAAACAGUUAGAGGUGCAAAACCAGUUAAGCUAAGUUUACCAAGCAUAUACAGUUAAAUUUGGCAACGCAUUCAGAUUUUGAGGACUUUACUGCCUACUACGAUCUCAUAAAGCAUAAGAAAAUGCCAUUCAUCUUUGAAGCUUUGGAGAUGGAGGGCCGAGGGGAAGAAUUGUGGUUUGGACUUUUCCUGUUUUUUCAUUUUGGGAAGGUAAGGAGAUGGCUCUCUAUUUUUCACUUGAACUAAACAUGCAUCUAAUUUGCCCAGUUAUUUGACUUCCAUAUCCAUUUAUUUUUCUAAUUUUUCUUUCUAUGAUUUUGUUUUGUUUCCUCAUUUUGCUGCAUAUACAAAUUUGAUUACAAAAGUGGUUGGAAAAUAAAUAGAGGGGAAAAUAAAGGAGCGUUGGAGAAGAAAGGAUACACUUUAGGCAGUGUAACUUGAUCAACCUUUGCUUCCUUGAUGGUUGUUGGAGUUCUCAACAACUGUAUGGCAUCUUUAUACUAUCUGGGAGCUUUACCAAUUGGUGGCACUAAUCUCUUUUUCCAUGAACACUGAUCAAUUUAAGUAGGGCACAGCACGGUCUUGAUGCCUAGGAAACAUUUGGAUUUAUUUAUAUUUAGACGGGGUUUUGUUCCCAAUUUACUGGCACUAGCUGUAAAUCUACCAUUCAUAUUUUAGAGUAAGCUCCUCUAUAAGCAAUUUGACUUAAUGAUCAUUCUCUUGCGAGUAUUUUAGGAAAACAUCAGUAU